AUGCCCCGGGAAGAAACUAAAGAAGAAGAAGCCGAGCGGAAGGCGCUUACCGCGUAUGACUUGAUCCGGGUGAAGCUUGAACAUCUGCAGAAGAAUAUAGACAAGCCUGCUCCUAUUCCGCCUAGACCGGAGAAGCUUACGGCUCCAAAAGCUGCACCAGAAUUCGUCCGCAAUGUUGUCGGCUCUACCGCGGCUGCCGGAAGUGCAGAAUAUCACAUCUUCAGGAAUUUGCGGCGUCGUGAGCAGAAUCGCCUUGACUACAUCAAUGCAAAAGCGAAGAUGGAGCAGGAUGCCGAAGAGUUCGAAGCAGAGAGGCUAGAAAUUCAGCAGGAGGAAGAGCAACGAACAGCCAAGAAGCGGGCAAAGCGGCAACGUCAGAAGGAUAACAAGCGAAAGCGGAAAACCAAGGCUAAGAAAGAAGGCGAAAGCAGUUCGGACGACGACAGUGAUGACGAUGAAGAAGAAGCACCCAAAACUGAAGCCGCUGCCCAGAGUAGCUCG